AUGCGCUCAUAUUCCGCCCCGCAAGCAGUUGUUCUGCUUGCCUUCCGCCACAUACGAACUAACCAUAUCCGGAUGGCCCACUUCGCUAUCCCGCGGACAACCCCGAAGGUGCGAAAAGUGCAAAUCGGCGUCGAAGAUUUUCAUACACCCCCCCCGGCCACCUUAAUUUGCAAUUGCUUCAGAGAGUCUUGUAGUAACCUAUGGGGUAAUUUGGCCUUCGAACCUUACAAAGUUUCUUUGGAAGGGCAAAUUAGACUGUUCUACGUUGGUUUUCCGCCCAUGGAUGAUCGCCCUGGAAUGGCGGAAAAUACUCAUGAAGUCUGGGAAAGGCACUCUUUGGUCAACCCCAAGUUCCUCAGACUGAAGCUUUGCCCAAUUCCACCAUCCAACAAAGACUACCCAGAAAGCCGGUAUGGUAAGACACAGAGCGAGGCCUCCUCCAAAAGUCUCCAAUCCCUUCUUAUGAUCUUGGAAUAUCUCAACAAGGAACCCAGCAAGGCAGAUGCGGCUUCCCAAACCCCAGAGCACGAUCUGUUGACUGAAGGUAAUAUGAAAGAAAUUGUACUACAGGGUCAGCUUGAGAUUGAAUGCGCAACAACGCACAACGUAUCUGACGGCGGCGAGAGCAACUUGAGCCCAGCAUCUUUGAAUCAGGACCAAAUGCUGAGAACACUAGACGCGACGGGUAACGGUGCAAAUACUGACGCCAAUAUAGUUAAAGUGGUCACCGAGGAUUUUGAGACACUCUUCGCUAUUCUCAUUAAUCUAAUUCGACCGCGCCAAGACGCAUGCACCAUGAGCUUGGAGGUUUCUGAUCCCCACUGCGAGUACACGCCGUUAGCCGUAGCUCGUCAAUCCCAAGUCGUAAGCAUGUGCCCAGAUAUCGAAAAGCGCCUUCAUGCCUUCCGCCUUCUCCAUAGGUCGUUAAAUGGUAUGAUCAAGUCCGCAUACAUUGAUACGUCGCCACCGAAGGCCCAGUCGGUGCCAGUAUUCAUAUACAAGAGGAUGCUAGAUGAUAAUUAUCGAACGGAUGAUUGGUGGUCUUCAUCCUCUGCUGGAUUAAACUGGUCUGAGAAUCCCGGUCAAACCAGACUACUAUCGAUCAGCUUACGUUACGUACUACGGACUGUUGGCCACGCUGCUAUCGAUAGUCAGCGGGUGAUUCAACCAUUAAUCAACGGAAAACGGAUUGCGCUACUGAAUCUCUUCUCCAAUCCUAUCGUGGAUCGAGACAAUCUUUCUUUAAAUAACUUCUGGAAUACCAAGACAAGUGUAGUCAGACUACAGGUCAUGCUAAUUGAAAAGCAUACGAAGAUCAUGCUGACAAGUUUCGAUUGA